AAAGUUGCACAACCAGCAUCGUCUUCUUCGAGUAGGUUUAAAGCCUUAAACCAUAAACCCUAGACGCGCCUGAAAUUCUCCCGACACAAAAAGGGGUUGGAAUCCGAUGUCGAACGGAGAAGAUUACGACUCGGACGCGCCGGAGGAGCUCACGGCCGAGCAGGGAGUACAACAAGACCAAGAACUUAACAAGCUCCAGAAAGAGCACAAAGCCAGGGUGGUUCGUGAAGCAAAAGAACGUCGUAGACAAUGGGCCCAAAAGAAAACACCCAAGAAAACACCAAAGCCGUCUGUAAGUGUUCAAGAUGCCUCUGAACCUGAAGCAAACCAAGAAUCUUUGGGUAAUGGAGGGAUGCUUCCAAGCAACAUCGUUGAGCUGCUUGCAGCUCGUGAGAAGCAAAAGUUCCUCUCGGACUCUGAGGAUGAGAAGACCGACUCAAAGUCCGCUAAGAAGAAGAAAAAGCUAAAAAUCUCAGGGGUGGAUACUAUCAUAUUGAAGGAGACACCUGCCCCUCAAUGCUUACAGAAUUCCUUAGCGUUCUUGGAGAAAAGGAGAAUGCAGGUACCUAGAUCAUCUGCAGUGUUGAACAACUCCAACCAAGCAUUACGCCUCCUCUCUUCUUCGGGCUUGUUAAGUAAAAAGUGACAAACUAAAAUGUCAGCAUUUUUUCCCCAUGAUGUAUGCCAUUAUAUUGUAUGUGUUAAGCUGCUAUGCAUCGUAACUGGCCCCCCGGCGAGGACAUGCCUACGAAUUAUGAACAAAUGGGGAGGGAUCCAUUCCCACGGGAUUUAACCGUCGAACUUAUAGAUUCUGCAGUUGUGUUGUAUUACACAUUGUUCUUCAUCAUAUUUAACAUAUAUUUUCUUUCA